CUAGGGUUCUCCCCUCACCAGCUCCGCUCGGCUCCGUUGGCGCUGUCUGUGUUUACCUUCUAGUCCGCCGCUGCUGUCCCGUGGCCAGCUGGACACAAAACCACCAUCCGCAGCCUCCCAACCAGCCCGGAAAAACACUAAUGUGAGCCGCCUCGCCGUCGAUCCUUCGUGGAUUUCCCUGCAGCAGCUGCGCGUUGGUGACACUGUAAGCACAGUUGAGAUGAAUAAGGAAAUCAUGUCACGCGUGGUGAAGAAGAGGCUGGCGGACCCCAAGGUGGUCCAGUAUGUGUGGGCGGCCAUCGAGGUCGUCCGCAACCAGAAACAGAUCGCUAACAUGGACAGGAUCUCCAAGUACCUGAGCCGCGUGUUCAGCAUGCACCCCAAGGAGACCGCCAGGCAGCUGAGCUUGGCGGUGAAGGACGGCCUGGUGGUGGAGACCCUCACCGUCGGCUGCAAAGGCUCCAAGGCCGGCAUCGAGCAGGAGGGAUACUGGUUGCCCGGCGACGAGAUGGAUCCGCGAGCCGAGGGGAACAAGGAGUGGGAGGCGGAGAGCCACGACUGGUACUGCUUCGAGUGCCACCUGCCGGGCGACGUGCUGUCAUGUGACAACUGCUUCCGGGUUUAUCACCUGAAGUGUCUGUCGGAGGAGUUCAAGCCCCGAGACGCAGGCUCCCACUGGCAGUGUGUGGUGUGCAGGGGCAGUAAAAAGAAGAACCUGAACAAGCAGGAGAUGAGUAAAUACCUGCGUUUCAUCGUGCAGCGGAUGAAGGAGAGGGCGGUGGACCUGAACAAGAAAGGCAAAGACACCAGACACCCCAUGUACAAACGGCUGAUCCACACGGCGCUGGAAGUGUCAAACAUCCACGAGAACCUGUCUGAAGGAAAGUAUAAAACCUUUGAGGAGUUCAAAGCCGAUGCUCAGCUGAUCGUUCACAACACAGCCAUCCUGUACGGAGUUCACAGCGACCAGGCGGAGAUCGCCCGGCUGCUCUUCAGCGACACGUGCCACGAGCUGAAUGAGCUGCUGCUGUGUAAGAACUGCUUCUACCUGUCCAACGCCCGGCCGGACAACUGGUUCUGUUACCCCUGUACCCCCAACCACGACUUGGUCUGGGCCAAGAUGAAGGGAUUCGGUUACUGGCCGGCCAAAGUCCUUCAGAGGGACGACAGCCAGGUGGACGUCCGCUUCUUCGGCCACCAGCACCAGAGAGCGUGGAUCCCCGCUGACAACAUCCAGGACAUCAAGGUGAGCGUCCAGCAGCUGCAGGUGAAGCGCAGCAGCGGCUGGAAGAAGGCCUGCGAGGAGCUGGAGUUGUACCAGCGCUUCCUGCGGGAGGGACGCUUCUGGAAGACCAAGAUGGAGGAAACCACCAUGACCUCGCACCCGCCUCUGCAGCAGAACCAGAACCAGAGUCCGCUGCAGGAGGGCAGCGGGAGGACGGACAGGCUGGAGAGGACGGACGAAGCCGAGUCCAGCAUCUCGUCCACCAGCAACGAGCAGGUCCGACAGCUCAAAGGCAGCACGGAGCCCAAGGCCAAGAAAAGCCGGCGCUCUCAGCCUGAAGUGGUGACGCCCAAAGAAGAAGCCAGCCGCGUGCUGCCCUGCUCGUCCCUCCACCAGGACCCGGAGCCCGAGGUGGAGGCGGUGAGCUCCAGCCAGGAGAUCCCGGUGUCCUCGGCGCCGCUGCAGCCCGAGAGGCUGUCGGUGUCCACGCAGACCAAGAAGGCCGGGGGGGGGUCGCCGCGCACGCUGCACCGCGGCACCCAGACCAGCAGCGACGGCACCUGCCAGAACAUGUGCCACGAGAAGUACACCAAGGUCUUCAACGACGUCAAGGAGAUGAUGAAGGCCGACAACAAGCGGGAGACGGAGAGGGUGGUCCGGGAGGCCCUGGAGAAGCUCCGGGCCGAGAUGGAGGAGGAGAAGCGGCAGGCGGUGAGCAAGGCGGUGGCCGGCGCUCAGGGGGAGAUGGAGCGCAAGUGCAAGCAGGUGAAGGAGAAGUGCAAAGAGGAGCUGGUGGAGGAGGUGAAGAAGGUGGUGGCCCAGAACAAGCAGCUGAUGUCCCAGACCAAGAAGAAGCAGUGGUGCUAUAACUGCGAGGAGGAGGCCAUGUACCACUGCUGCUGGAACACCUCGUACUGCUCCAUCAAGUGUCAGCAGGAGCACUGGCACGCCGACCACAAACGGACCUGCCGCAGGAAGAGAUGAACAAGCCCCGCCCCCCCCAGCCCCCUCCCCUCUUUGACCUUACACGGCACGCCAUUGGCUCUCGCCCACUCCUCUUCCUGUCCGUCAGUGUACCACACACACACACACACACACACACACACCAGAACUUUGUCCACCCGACGUUUCCUGCGUAAAAAGAGCAAUUUGUUACCUUUUUAUUCUUUGUAUUAUUUAAUAUACCCACUGUACUGAUAUCUAUAUUAUUAUUAUUGUUGUUGUUCUUUUUUCCUCCUGAACAGAAAACGGCUCAAAAGGGUCCUGGUUUGAUUUUUAUAUCGUAUUCUUUUUACUUAGGAGCGUCGGCUGAAGACAUUUUAUCACCCAAACAACUCAAAGUAGUAUUACAUCAUCAAACUACUGCUCCUGCAUGAGAAUAAUAUUGUGGGGGGCGUGUUUGUAUUAUUUUUUUUUUGGGUGGGGGUCAUUCUGCCAUCGCACCUUUUUUUAAUCGUUUCUACCUAAAGUCGCGUUUUCCUGGAGUCACGUAUUGGGGACAGGGUCAGAGCGUCGGGCGCCAAGAACAAAGCUUUCCUUCAUUAUCCCACCCCCCCCCCCCCCCCC